UACUGUCUGAUGUUUUCCGCCGUUUGGUUGCUAGGUGUUUUAGCGUCCUCUCUGAGUACGGUUGCUAGCUAAUGGCUACCUGUGAAUGUCGUGUAAGUGAAGCCUGUGACUUCUGAACGAAAAUGCGUUGUCUUUGUUUCGUUUAUGGAUAAACACAUUGCAAGAGAGAUGGACACGUAAACGCCAAGAAAAUAAUGCGCGAAUAAGUGCUCAGCAGCAUGCUUGCUGGAAGUGCAAAAGCUCAUUUAAUGUAAGUUUCACAUUGUGGAGGUGGUUGGAGAGAUUUUUGGACACACAUGUGUUCCAGACAGACUGACAGGAUGGGGGACAUCUUGGCAACUGAGGCUGAUCUUCUUGGGAUGAUAAAGGAGUUCCUUAAGUUUGAAGACUUUGAAGAUACUAUUCAUAGUUUCGACAAGGAGUGCAAAAGCAAAGGCAAGCUGGUGUCAAAGCCUCAGGGAAGUGCUCUCAGAGACUACAAGACUCUUAACAUUCAGAAAGAUCUCCUGAGUUCUUUUGAUGAUGGAGACCACAAAGUGUUCUUCGAACUGUGGACGGAAAAUAUUCCCUCUGAGGUAAAAGACACAGACCCUGAGGCCCAGAGCCUUGAGUUCUACCUUCACAUCCACUUCACCAUCUACCCACUGAGGAGGCACCCAGGCAGACAUGACCGAGCUGAGUUUGAGGAGAGGAUUUCCUUCUUCAAGCAGUACCUGGAGACUCGUGGAGCAGCACUAAGUCAGACCACAAAGUUUCUGCCUUACUAUGCCUUGCCUUUCGUUCCUAACCCCACUGUCCACCCUUCAUUCAAGGAUCUUUUCCAGGAUUCAUGGAUACCACAGUUGAAGGAUAAGCUGGAGCAUUUCUUAUCGGUGACACUAAAGCCGUCCAACACCCCGAGGCUGCUGAACUUAUAUAAGGAGGGAGGAAGGAGUACUAAAGACACAAUUCAACAGUUACAGCUCCAGCUCGUCGAAUCAGACCGGCGCACCGCCAGCUACGUACGGAAGUACAACAAGAUGCAGGCCGACUACCACAACCUGAUUGGAAUCACUGCUGAGCUGGUCGACUCAUUGGAGGCUACUGUCAGCGGAAAAAUGAUCUCCCCUGAGUACCUGCAGAGUGUGUGUGUUCGCCUGUUCAGCAGCCAGAUGAGACAGAGCGUGGUGCAGAGCACUGACUUCACCAGACCGGGCACUGGAUAUUACUCUAUGAGUCCCUAUGAUGAUGGAUAUGCCUCCUCAAUGCUACGAGCCUCCAUAGCACCACCGAGAUCUAAGGAGGUGCCGAUGCUUCCCUCACUGGACUACGUGAAGCUGAAGAAAGACCUGUGUGAAGGUCCAGACAGACUCAGGUCCCUGCUGCUCCAGGCUCUGCGCUGGAGACUGACUCGCUCGCUCCCGGGUGAACAGAGAGACACGGUGCUCCAGGCUUAUAUCAGUAAUGACGUGCUGGAGCACUACAGCACAAAGCAGCCUCCAGCCAUAGGGCGCCAUAUUCAGGACAUAAACCAUUUACAGAAAGGAAAAAGUGUGCUUCAUUUAAUGAGAUCCAAGUCCGAGAUCGUCCGCCAGUACAUGGCUCGCCUCAUCAAUGCAUUCGCUUCUCUAGCAGAGGGUCGUGUUUACCUUUCCCAAACCCCCAUUCUACUGAAACUUCUGACGGAGGCACUAAGGACAGAGGAAAAAGAAUCUCUGACGAGAGAGAAUGUGCUAGUGGCUCUGCAGAGACUCAGCCUCAGGAGGAGUCAGCAAACCCCCAUGAUCGCAGACGAUCUGAUUGGCUGGCUGGUGGAUGAGCUGCAGGAUUCAGACUGCCUGAGCGAUUACACGCUGGAGUACGCUGCCGCUCUGCUCAUGAACCUGUGUCUGCGAACUAAAGGAAAAAGGAAGUGUGCAGAGAACGCCAAGCAUGUGCUAAAGGUUCUAACUGACCUCCUUGGACACGAGAACCAUGAGAUUCGUCCGUACGUGAAUGGAGCCCUGUACAGUAUCCUGUGUAUUCCCUCUGUGAGACAGGAAGCCAAAGAGAUGAGUGUAGAGGAGAUCCUCCGCUGCUACAGCAAGGAGGAGAACCCGGACCUCAACAGACAGAUUGAGUUCAUCAUUAAACAGCUGAACUCAGCUGAAGAAGAGGGACCAGAGUCAGACGAUGAAGAAGAGGAGGACGACAACGAUGAGGACUUAAUGGAGGCAGACCCCGAUACAGAGGAAGUUCUCCAACCGCAGCCCAGGGAACUGUGUGGGGAGAGUCUGCUGACAACAGAGUACCUUGGAAUUAUGACCAACAUGGCAAAAUCAAAGAGGAAGACGAGCCCUCUGCAGCGAACGAGCAUUGAUGAACCCCUGCAACGGCCAGUCACCCCCAGUUCUCAUCGCAAUGUCGGUGCAGUGGAUUAUCGAUCCAGCGAGGGAGGAAGCCUCCCACCAUCCCGACACAACUCCCGACCUCCUUCACGCUCUGGCAGUCGCCCCAGCACCGCUGACUCCUUACGCCACAGCAUCGACUCUGAAUGCGGCCGGUUGUCCCAGGAGUCAGAGUUGGAAGGGCCAUAUGAAGGGCGAGCCAGAAAAGGACACUCCCAGGAGGAACACAACGGACACACUGCCAGUGGGGGACUUUAGCCUUGCAUUUGAAAGCCAGCCCAAGAGUCCCCUAACACCUGACUCAGCAGCCAGCCAGAACAGUGCUAACCGGGCUCGGAGUCUGACUCUGGCACCCCAGUUCUCCCAGGCGGAGCCACAGCAGAGCAGCCGGCCUGGGUCUGCCAGCUCUGUAGGAGGAGGAGGAGGAGGAGGAGG